CAUCCUCAACACUAUCUAAAUUUCUGGUGGUUUCUGUUUCUUUUAUAUACUUUAACAUACUUUACAUCUAACUAUUUUGUUUUUGUCGUUUGAAUCAAUAGGCAAUCCGUUUGUUUUUCGCUUCUAGAGGCUUAUUGAGUAGAAGACGGUUUAUAUAUAUAUUAUGUAUUACCAAGUUAACAGAAAACAUGCCACCGGCGUAAUUCUGUUGCUUUUCGUUGUUUUCUUAUGGCUAGUUAGCUCAUUUUUUACGAAUAAUCUACUGAAUGAUCCUGGUUUUUUCAAUCCCUUUUUCAUUACAUAUUUGAACACCGGUACCUUUGUGUUUUAUUUGAUUCCAUGGUAUCUUUUCGAAAGAAAAGAUUUGAAGAAAGAUUUAACAACCCAUGCCUCCAUUUACGAAUCUUUGGAUGGAAACCAAAAUUCACGCACAUAUGUUCGAAACAGGCCUAUGACGGUUCGACAAACCGCCUCUCUUAGUUUAGGUUUUUGCAUUAUAUGGUUUGCUGCUAAUUAUUUCAGCAAUGGCUCUUUGGCCUUUACAAACGUUGCAUCGUUUACCAUUAUAUCUAGCAUGAGUGGAUUUUUCACUCUGGGGUUGGGCGCUAUUUUCAACGUGGAAAAAUUUACUUUUGUCAAAUUAUUGGCCUUAUUGGCGAGUGUCGGAGGAGUGAUUUUAGUCGUGAUUCAAGAUUCAAAGCAGAUACCUGAUGGGCAUAACAGUCCUUCUCAACCAGCGUUGGGCAAUACUUUUGCUUUAUUAGCUGCUUUUUUGUACGGAUGCUAUUCCGUUCUUGUAAAAUUUCAUGUUACAGAAGAGAAUUACGUUUCAAUGCGUUUGUUUUUCGGCUUGGUUGGACUGUUUGAUAUUGUUCUAUUGUGGCCCUUUUUAAUUCUAUUGCAUUACUAUGGAGUAGAAAAAUUCCAGCUCCCUUCCACUAAUAGUGGUAAUGCCGUACUACUUUUAAACGCUGGUAUAACUUUUGUUUCCGACUAUCUCUGGGUCAUUGCUAUGCUAAUGACUAGUCCAUUGUUGGUGACUCUUGGAAUGAGUCUUAGCAUACCAUUAGCCUUAUUCUUUGAUAUAAUUCUUAAAGGUCACUAUCUCAAUUUCACUUUAAUCUUGGGCUCUUUUCUGGUCUUCGCUGGGUUUAUCGUUGUAAAUUAUAAUCAAACGACCUACGUCUGAGAACUUUUCCGAUUUCACUUAUAUCAAUUUUGUCUUUAUAUUCGUUACUAUUUGAUAAAUAUGUUUAUUUAUUUACUUUAGACACUCUUUCCUUUUUUUUUUUCGGGCAGUGCUCGCAGAUGGUGAUAUAUGGUAUUCAGAUGCCAUAAACAAUAUUUAUUCUUACUUGUUUUAUUUUCUUUAAUGAUUAAAUAUCCUUGCUUUUUUUUUAAAAAAAAUUAAAAAGAAAAAAUAAAUAAAAAAAGCUCGUCAUUGCCGUUUGCUUGAUUCAAGUCUUCCCAUAUAUAGUGAUCCAUCUAGUAGGUUAGCCUUUACCACCCACAUUCUAACCCCAUUGAUAAAUUUGCGAACAUGAACUAGU